AUGAGCGCGAAACACAAUCUCCAUGUCGCCGCGCCUAUUCCCCCGCACCUCUCCCCCGACGCCGUCAUCGCCGCUCUGCACGACCACAACACGGCGCUCACGCUGCAAGCGCUCACAUGCGGGCAUGAGAAAGCGGCCUCGAACCACCCGGGCACACUAAAAGACACGUACUGGUACCCACCCGACCAGUACCCCAUCACAACCUACAAUGUCACUGAAUGCAUAACCAUCCUGCCCGGCGUGGGAGACUGGGGUAAGAAAUAUAUCAAAUUUCCCAGUUGCUUCCAGGACACCAAGCACGGUAUCAAGACGCGUGCGGAUGCAAGCGGUGUGGUUAUACGGGCAGAGUUCCGUGUUGUGCGUGGAGGCGCUGGCGCCGAAGUGGAGGGCGAGGGCAUGGGCGUAGGAGACGCCGAGUGGGUGCUGGUGGAGGACGUCGAGGUGAGCUGUAGCUGGUGGCUCAUGCCGUUUGUGAAGGGCAAGAUGGAGCAGGCGCAUCGAGACGUGUGCCGCAAGGUGGUGGAGAAAGUGGAGAUGCAAAGAAUGCAGGAGGAGGUUGCGCAGACGUCACCGAGGGGGAAGAGUAGGGCAGGCAACGCAGCAAGUGAUGGCGACCAUGGGAAGCCCGGCGAGGUCGGUUCUGCAAGUCCGCAUAGCGUCAGCGACGAUGCUGCAGAAGUCGACGCAAAGGACUCGCAAAGGCUGGAGAUGCCAACUUCGCUGCCUGAAAAGAUCACUUAUGGUUGA